GUAUAUGCGAUACUUCACGAAGUUCGACCUUGCUCAGUGUCUGCAGAGGUCAUUCAAAAAGCAGCAGGAUGUCGUGCCCUUGCUCGGGAAAAACCGAUCCGAAACAAGCAAAAUACACGAUUGUUAUGGUGAGGCAUGGAGAGAGCGAAUGGAAUCAGAAAAAUCUCUUCUGUGGGUGGUAUGAUGCCAACUUGAGUGAGAAAGGUCAGCAAGAAGCUACAAAUGCAGGGAAGGCUUUAAAGGAUGCUGGUUAUAAGUUUGAUAUCGCCCAUACUUCAGUUUUAACCCGAGCGCAAAAGACUCUUGAAGCCAUACUGAAAGAAAUUGGUCAGACAGAUUUGCCGGUGGAAAAGACAUGGCGUUUAAAUGAGCGGCACUAUGGCGGACUCACGGGGCUCAAUAAAGCAGAGACAGCUGCAAAAUAUGGAGAAGAGCAGGUGCAGAUAUGGCGACGAAGCUUUGAUGUUCCUCCCCCUCCAAUGGAUGAAGAAAAUCCGUAUUACAAGACAAUAUUGGAAGAUCCUCGAUAUGUAAAUGGUCCUAAGAAGGAAGAGUUUCCCAUGUUUGAAUCUUUGAAGCUGACAAUUCAAAGAACAUUACCAUACUGGAAUGAUGUUAUAGUGCCGCAGCUUAAAGCUGGGAAAAGGAUAUUGAUAGCUGCUCAUGGAAAUAGUUUAAGAGGAAUUGUAAAACAUUUGGAUGAAAUGUCAGAUGAAGCAAUUAUGGGUCUGAAUCUGCCAACUGGAAUACCAUUUGUAUAUGAAUUAGAUGCCAAUUUAAAACCAGUUGUUUCGAUGAAGUUUUUGGGAGAUGAGGCUACAGUGAAAGCAGCAAUGGAAGCAGUUGCAGCUCAAGGAAAAACGAAAUAAAAUCUAUAAACUUAUGUAAAUUAUAAAAGGUAACUUAUUUAUUUUAUUGUAUGUAUGUGAAAUGUGAUAGUAAAUUAUGAAUUUUGAAGGCAUAAUUAAAACCUGUUGCUGAGCUGCUGUCUCAUAAUUGAUAUUUAUGAAAAAAAGGAUUGUUGAGAAUAAAUUGGGUACAACUUUUAUGCUCUUCAGACCACACCUACUAAAACCUUUGUCAUGUAAAAUAUAUACUACCAGAUAUGUUUUGGUAGAUAGAGAAAUUGUAAGACCAGUAUAGUGAGAGGUAAAAUAAAUGUUACCUGUUGAAAUAUUAAUUUUAAUUACAUAAUAAAGAUGUCACAAUA